AUGCCGUCACGCCCUUACGGGUUGUUCUCGUGGACGCUCGCUGCGAAUAGGAACGGCUCCUGCGGCACCACCGGCACCACGUGCCACAGCACCCGUGCUUGUGCACGUCCUUGCCGUCCCGCUCUCGCCCCGCCCGGUCCUGCCCCGCGCCGACGCCUCUCCUCAAUCCCGAUCUGUGUGCCUGUAACCUGCGUGGGAUGGAGGAGGAGGAGGAGGAGGAGGGCCCCUGCAGCGGGACGUCCUCAACCGCAUCGGCGACAUCAAGGUCGCUCGGCAGCUGCGCCCUCGUCUUGUGCCGCUUUCCACGUGCUUGUGCUGCUCGUCGACUCCGUCUUUGUCCGCGUCGAUUGCGUCAUCCCGAUGACCCGCCGCCCUCCUCCUCCUCCGCUGUACCAGGAUCCCCGCCGCACCAGCGCUAUCUGCGGGCGCGGCGCGUUCGUGCACAUCGCGCGCGUCCUGGUCGGCGGCAUCGCCACGCGCUCGGCCAGAUCCUGUCCCCCGCCACGGCGGGCGUCUCCUGGCGCUCUAAGCCACUGCACGGCCCGUCGCGGACGUCUCCCACCAGUCCACCACUCGCGCUCCGAGGUGCUCUGCUCAGCUACGGCUUCUCCACAUCGAGCUGGCACUGACGAUGGCGUGCUCCUAAAGUGGAAGGCCGACUUCGGCUCCACCCUCGGUAGCUGCGUCAUCCUCGGCGCCUCGUUGGUCUCGUCCAAGCCGCCGACAGGGCCAUGGUCCAGCGGUGGCGAAGGACACACGGCCAAUGCCAAGAAGAGCAGCAAGUUCGAGGACUCGGACAGUCGCAUGUCCAGGCCCAGGGCCGUGUCCGAGCUGCCGCAGCGUCCAGCACAGCGCUUGAAGCCACCGCCGCCGCCGGCGGGCACGGAGGCUAGCGGCGGCACGCCGCGCCGCGCUCUCGGCGUGCGGGUGACGGCGGCGCCGCGCAGCCCGUUGCAGGAGAAGAAGCCCGCCACUGCUAGUGGUGGUGGUGCCGUCGCGGGGACACGGGUGGCGGAGCUGGAGGCGAAGCUAGAGAGGGCGCACGGGCAGCUCCAGGGGAUGCGGGAGCAGAUCGCGGCGGCCGAGAAGGCCAGGAAGGACGCGCGCGCAGCGCUCGUGGAGGCCAAGAAGCGCUUGGCCGCAAAGAAGAAGGACGAUCUCGCCGCUACGGCGCCGGUCGAGCACGAUGGCGGCAAGGAGCCAGCGUCAGCACCCAAAGCUUCUGCUGGUGUCGAUGAGCGUGACAACGAGGAGAAAAGCUACAUGGCGAUGGCGGUAGUGCCGAGAGAGUCGGUGAAUAAUGAGGACCCGGUUGUCGAGGAGGGCAACAAGACUAGUGAUGGGGAGGAGACGAGCAAUGUCGUUGACGAUGACGACGAUGGCAACAACAACAAGAAGGGAAGCCCGGAGGUUGAGAUGCUGAGGACGAAGCUGAUGGCCAAGGACAUGGAGGUCUACGAGCUCAGGGCGAAGCUGAUGGUGAUAGACACGGAGGUUGACGACCUAAGGGCCAAAGUGAUGGCCAAGAGCACGGAGCUCGACAAGCUCAAGGCGGCGUUGAUGGCGAGCAACGAACUGGUCGACAAGCUUACGGCGAAUCUGCUGGUCAAAGACGCCGAGAUCGCAGCUCUCGAGGCCGGCAACGCCGACCUCACCAAGAUGGCCGAAGACGCCGCCGAGGCCGCGAAGUCGAUGGCGGCAAGGGCGAGGGAGACCGAUCACACGCUGAGGGAGAGCGCGGCGCGGGAGGCCCGGCUCGUCGAGCGGCUGCGGGCUUCGGAGCACGCCCGGGACGCGCUGGAGGCCGAGGCGCAGCGCUCGCGCGUGCAGAGCGAGCAGUGGCGCAAGGCGGCCGAGGAGGCCGCCGCGGUGCUAGCAGGCAGCGGCGGCGCCGUGGACAAUGGCGCGUACGACAAACGGCGCCACUGGUCUGGCUCGGCCUGCGCCGGUGGUGGUGGGAAUGACAGCAAGGCGGUGGCCAAGGACGACGACGAAGACGGAGCUAGUGGCGAGCGCAAGGCUGGCGGCGCCAUGCGGGCGCUCAGCGACCUGUGGAAGAAGAAGGCGCAGAAGUGA